UGUGUCUGAAGAGGCGUUCUCCUGGGGGAGGAACGUGACAAGAGGGUUGGUCAUUUACAGAGGCUCUCCACUGGUUUGGCAAGGUGUUGGUGCCCUAAAAUAGGCCGCCGUGGGGUAUAAGAGAUGCACCAGCUGUCCCGGACUCCAGACUGUCAACUCUACUGGAGAUACGCAGAGAGACACAAGUCAGUGUAGAUUACUUCUGCUGGAGGAAGUAUCACUGGAGUAGACCACCUAUUUUUCUGCAACAACCGGCAACUGAUCAUGAAAUGCUGCAGCGGCCCCGUGCCCCAGAUCAAGGGAGCUUUGACCCAUAGCUGCCUAGGCUCUGUAAACUGCAAAAAUGCUUCUCUGAAGUGCUUUCGCAGUGUCCACUUCCCCAACGACAUUUUAUUCCAGGAGUACGUGAGACACGGCGAGCUGGAGCGGAUUGGACGAUUCAUCCGAACCAGUCGAGUCAGACUGGAUACCAUCUAUCCCUCUGGAAUGGCAGCCAUCCACGAAGCCAUCCUGACCGGGAACCUGGAGUGUGUCAAGCUGCUGGUCAAAUAUGGAGCAGACAUCAAUCAGAGAGAUGAGGAGGGGUGGACUCCCAUCCACAUGGCCUGCAGCGACGGCUUCCCACACAUUGCACGGUACCUUCUGUCACUGGGCGCCGAUUGUGAGGCUGAGAAUGACUGUGGUGAGAAGCCAGCUGACCUCAUUGACCCAGAGAACAAGGAGCUGCUGGAGCUUUUCGGGCUGGUUGCUAAUGACUGAGAACACCUGGCUUUUAAUGCCACAAACUAAAUCCUCACAACC